AAUAAAUUAUAAAUAAACGUUCGUAUAUAUCUAGCUUAUACAAAUAAUUCUAAAUAUUUUAUUAGUAAACUAUUUAGCAUUGACAUCUAAUUGGUUUAAUAUGGUGAAAGACGCCAAGCAAUUUUAUACUCUACAAGUGAAUUCACGCGUAAAAGAGUAAUAAAAUGAGAGUUACUUGAAAACAUGGUACAGCAAGUAUAAAACUAACACUAUUUUUUUUAACAUUUUUUUUAGUAUAAAAAUCAUAUGUUUUUAAGAAGGACCGGAAGAUAUGCUCCACUUGAAUAGUGAAAAAAUAAGUUACGCAAUUAGAUUGCAGCCCACUCCAACAUUGUACCAUUAAGUUAAGAAAACAGUGGGAUGCAUGCAGGAAUUUCAUCGGUAAUAAACUACACUUUAGAGCAUAAUUAAGUGCGCAUAAUUAAUUCAGGAUCAUCUCGCAAACGGAAAUUCGCAAAAUGAGACAACCCAUAAUUGUUAUUAACAGGACGUUGUAAAAAUCAAUCAAAGUUUGACGUUAAAAAGUUACAAAGACUACUUAAUGGAAUUCUAAGUUGAUGUAGAAUACGACGUAACUUCGUGUUCAUAUUAUAGGUACGAGAGGUACAUUGGAGUGAAUUGAAUUAACACACGGGGCACGAUUGGCUACCCGAAACUAAAGGAAUUACAAAUGAUGUAAAGUAAUUAUUUUAUAGGAGACUGUAGAUAAAAAAAACUAUAAAAUAUAUUACAGAUGUACAGUAUAAAAUACAAGAAAAACCAGUGUAGAAAAAAUGGAACUAUUAUUUGUACAACUACGAUUCCUCUUGAUUACUCAAGUACAAAUGAUAAAAUGCUCCUUAGUCAUUUUGUAAUAUAAAUAAAUUAUGUAUCUAAACCAUAUACGAUAUAUAACUACAAUAUUGCUUCCUAUGGCUGUGAUAACUGGGUCAUUUGAUGUUGACUUUAAGAGGGAGUAAUAUCAUGUAAAACUCAUAUUUCACGCCAUAUUUAUUUAUUGUUACAAUUUUUUAAUACCCUACAUCGUUGCCGAAUAAAUCGUUCGAUGUUGCUGGGGAGAGAGUAAAAACGCAGUAUUCAUAUGUGUAAAGAUGUAUAAAAAAAAGGAGGGGGGACGGCAUCUAAAUUUAAAAUUUGAAUUAUCAAAAUCUUACUUUGGAGAAUAGCAGCUAAUCUUUCGUUCGAAGCGUUUGUACAGAUUUGCACGGAUGAUAUUACACACGUUCGUAUUUUGUAUACUAAUUUAGAUGUGCAAUUGUCAAAAUGCAAUGUGUUUUAUUAAAUUUACAGGACGCUUAAUUCAUCGUUAUACACAUACUUUUUGUUGUAAUCUGUUAAUCUUUGUAUUAAACACUUAUAUCUCGAAAUUGUCUUUAUUUGAACCUCAAAUAGAUGCUUAUUUCUCAGGUGUUAUAAGAUAUUACAAUACUGUACAUAAUGAAAACGCGUUCACCGAUCUGUUUUUCUUUUUUUAAUUUAUUACGCAAACUAAUCGUGGUCACGUUUAUUAUUGCGUAAAAUUAAUCGAUUUCACAGUUUCUACGUUUUCCCUUGUAUAAGUAAGCGUUAACUUUUUUGAAAAACAAGUUGUAUAUAGUCGAUAUAUAUGCUCCCACUGGUAUUAUAAAGAAAUAUAAAAAUAAUGUAGGGUAUAUAUUAAUAAGUAUAUAUUGAGUUUGUGUAACAGUGAAAUGCAUUAUACAUAAUAAUGUAAAUAAAUCAUUCUACAAAGUGUUAUGGUGUACUUCCAUGCUUAAUUCGCUUUAUCUCUCAUUUUCUUACUUACAAGUGCGUGAAGAAAGGAGAAAACAUUUGAGGGAACAGUGACACUUCGGAAUCUUACUUCAGAGUUAUUUUCCUUAUAAUACUUUUUGACGGCUGCGUAAAUUCCUCGUAACAAUCGUCUAUUUUACCUAAACUAGCGUACAAAUUGCAAGAGCGAGACAUGACGAAAAUACCUGGAGAUGUGUGCGACGCUCGUUAUCAGUUAUUUCACGGCGACAGAAUAAAAAAGGAAAACGCGAUACGGAUAAAGUGGUUUUUAGAAAAUCAACGAUUGUUAGAUCAGUUGCGGGAGCCGAGGCUCGCGAAACGUGCCAGGGAAAUAAUUGCGGAGUCUAGAAAGCGAGAAGCAGCUCGCGUUGAUAAACCCAUUGUACAACGGAAGCCCUUACCCCUUUGGAGGCCACCUAAAUCUGACGGUUCUGUCGGUAUAGAUAUCAUGAAGCCGGUCGAUCCCGACGUAAGAGCCGCACUUUAUGAGAAAGGAAUCCCAACUUUUAUUACUGCUCAGAAAUAUCUAACUGAAAGAUAUAAAGAACCGCCGGAGAAACGUUUCUAUUUUCCCGAUUGUACGAAUUGGAUAUACGGUUGGCGCCUUCAUGAUUAUCCGCCCGUUCCACUUAGCAAAGUAGGUCUGAAAUCCGUUAUGUUAGCACAAUUUUAUCAGCGUAAGGCGUUCAAUCUGGAGCGAGAUCCAGAAUGGUUCCGUGGUUGUCAAAUGAAGGAUGCUAGGAAUUUCAAUGAAUCACUGACAUAUUAAUUAGCAACUAAUCGAACUUUUGUACAAUGAAUUAUAAAUAUAUCUGUAUAUUGCUGUAGCACGAUCAUCGAUAUUUUGGUGAUAUAUUUUCUGUGAAUAGUUGUUACAUAUUUUAACAUAUAAUUUUUAUAAUAAAACACAUGUGCGAUAAAUGGA